CGGCGGGUAGAGGGGUUGCAGCGCUCUUUUGUUUGGCGGAGGCGGCUCGAACUGGGGAGGCCCGUUGUCCAACCGUCGCUCUCCCUCUCAGUCCCCCCCUCUUUUUUUCCUAAGCGAGACCGGCUUGUCCGGGCUGCUGUUCGCGCCCUCUCCACAUUCCCCGCGUGUCCGCUUGUUUUCGUUUCCCCUCGUGCUUUUUGAGUGGGGCUGAACAAGGUCCAACUGAGCAAAAUACCGUUGUCAAUCGUUAUCACGUACUUUACAGCUUGAUACUGUGGACUAGGGACUAGCAAGCUAUCAUGGAGGUCAGCCUCCUUUAAGCCGCAAAACUGGCGAGCACAAUGGGAAAAAAGCAAAACAAGAAGAAAGUGGAAGAGGUCCUUGAAGAAGAGGAAGAAGAAUAUGUGGUGGAGAAGGUCCUUGACAGACGGGUAGUGAAAGGCAAAGUGGAGUACCUGCUCAAGUGGAAAGGCUUCUCAGAUGAAGAUAACACAUGGGAGCCAGAGGAGAACCUUGACUGCCCUGACCUCAUUGCGGAAUUCCUGCAGUCCCAGAAAACUGCACAUGAGAGUGACAAGUCAGAGGGAAGCAAGCGCAAAGCUGAAUCAGAUUCUGAGGACAGGGGAGAGGAAAGCAGGCCAAAGAAAAAGAGAGAGGAGGCUGAGAAGCCUCGAGGCUUUGCAAGAGGGUUUGAGCCAGAGAGGAUUAUUGGUGCCACAGAUUCCAGCGGGGAGCUCAUGUUCCUGAUGAAAUGGAAAAACUCUGAUGAAGCUGACCUGGUCCCUGCCAAGGAAGCUAAUAUCAAGUGCCCACAGGUGGUCAUCUCAUUCUACGAGGAAAGGCUGACAUGGCACUCCUAUCCCUCUGAGGACGAUGACAAGAAGGAUGACAAGAAUUAACCUGCCCACCUUAUGUCCCCAUCCUCCUCUGGCCGACUUUUGUAUUAAAACAUAAGACUGUGGGUUUGAACAUGAGAGGAAGCAAAGAGGCGCUUGGCUGAGGUGGCAGGGAAAGAUGCCCUCUGUAGAAGCAGGACACUUUCUGUGCCCUCGACAGCUUGGUGUAGCAGCACUCUGCCCCUUCCUUCCUUCCUUCCUCAUAUAUACAUGGGGAAGCAGGAGAGAACAGGUGAGUGUUUCCCAGCUGUCCUUGCUUGGGGGUUGAAGACAAAAUAACUCCAUGCAGGAUGAAGUCUGGGGAUUGGACAAGCUGCCAAAAGGGACAGAAGGUGGAGGCUGCGUUUUCUUCGAAGACCAUCUCUGUGAUUUGCAGCUUCCCCCCUCAAUAGUGUUAACUGCAUUUUUACAGCUUAGCAUGUGUGUAGUUUUUCUUUCUUCCUUUUUGCUAUAAUUGGUGUAUUGUUGGGGUGGGAAGGGAGGGUGCAUUCUGAUUGAUUUGGUAUGGGGAGUGGUUCACAGUGUUCUGUAUCCAGAAUCACAGUUCUUACAUAUAUGCCUCUUCCUGCAAGUGAAAUCCACUAUGCUUAGCAGAGAGGCUGCAGUGUAUGCGUCCGUAAGUGUUAAGUUACAGUAUGAGACUGUGACCAUGAAAGCAGCCAGCUACUGGAAUUGUCAUGCUUUUAAUACUAGAGAAGAGAUAAUGUCCACAGCUAUUUUGAUCUUAUGCAGGUGACAACACCUGGUCCCAAAAGUACACGUUUUCUUACAACAGCAUCCUUUUUAUUCUGAUCAUCCAGCAAGCUCUGGAGUCCUGCUUAGUUUUUUUACUUUAUUUACAUGGACUUAAGAUGUUUGGGGAUGGGAAGGAAAGCAGGGAUGAAAUCUACCCAUACAGCACAAUGUAGAUUUCAGAACAUUCUAUAGACACCUAUCUUUUGUUCCGACUUCGGCAGUAGCAAUUGCUUUCCUUGCCUUAGUCCUCUAUUGCUUUCAUUUUUAAUCUAGUAGACUUCUUUGUUUUCACAAAGGACAUAAUUUUACCUCUGAAUUUGUUCAAGCCCUAGCCAGCCACCAACUCCUCCUCCUUCAUGGGGUGGUAUGUACGUAGACAUGUAUUGUACAAACCUUUUUUAAAAUAAAGCAUGUGUUUUAGGUUUCUGUGAAAAUGUUGUCUAAAACUUAAGUGUUUGGAUUUUAACUUCAUACUGAACUGUCUUUUUGUCUCAAUAAAACUUUAGAUUUAUA